UCUUGGGAAAACUUAUCGGUUUUCGCAGUGGAUCAAAACAAACGCAUCGUAAGCAAACAGCUCAUCAACAAUGGUAUUUAAAAUAUUAUACCUCGCACGUGAUGCAAAAUAAAAAGAUGAUAAUAUUUGUUGCCUUUCUAGUCCGCGGUUUUGCUCGACCUGGCGAACUCACCGCGAUCUUAGGUGGCAGCGGCGCUGGAAAAAGCUCGCUGAUGACAGCAUUAGCAUUUCGCACGGAGUCUGGUGUCGUGACGCACGGUGAUGUUCACGUGAAUGACGCAUUGGUCACCUCCUCGUAUAUGAGACAUCACAGCGGCUUUAUGCAUCAGGAAGACAUGUUUAUCGGGACCAUAACGGUGAUCGAGCACAUCUGGUUCAUGGCUAGAAUGAAAUUAGACGGGAGAGUCCGCACCUCGGACAUUCGUUUCAAAAUCGAUCGCUUGCUAAGGGACGUCGGUCUGAUUGAAAGACGCGACGCUCGUAUCGGCGACGGCGAUGAUGGCAAGGUUCUGUCAGGCGGGGAAAAAAAGAGGCUGGCCUUCGCCACGGAACUAUUGACGGAUCCAGAAAUACUGUUCUUGGACGAGCCGACGACGGGGCUGGACGCGCAUUCGGCCGGCGUCCUCGUGUCGCACUUGACAGCCUUUGCGUCGAAGAACCGUACGGUCCUGUGCACCAUACAUCAACCAAGUUCCACUAUCUUCGACAGUUUCCAUCGUAUAAUCCUCUUGGCCGGCGGUAGAGUGGCAUUCGCUGGCACCACUGCACAAGCGAUAAAGUUCUUUUCCAGUCAAGGCUACGAGUGUCCGGACAAUUAUAAUCCGGCCGAUUUCCUCGUGGCGAUUCUGGCGAUUGCAGGAUCUAACGAUGCGGAUGGUAGCGGAAGAGUCGCGCAGAAGAUCUGCGACGCGUUUCUCACGAGCGAAGCCUGCAAUGAGAUCGAUAUUGUAUUGCAACAGAAAUUCAACGCCGUUCAGUGUCCCAUAGAGGAAAAUAUUCAUGAAUCAUGCGUUUUCAUAGAAUCGCGCUGCUGGUUGCGACUUUAUUGGUUAAUACAUCGCGGAUUCUUGCAAGUUGUGCGAGAUCCCUCGGUGCAGUUUAUAAGGAUACUGCAGAAAAUAACUAUCGCAACGAUCGCUGGUCUGUGUUUCGUGGGUGCCAUCGACCUCGAUCAGUUGGGCAUUCAAGCAGUGGAUGGUGUCAUAUAUCUUCUGGUAUGCGAGAACGCGUUCUUCCCCAUGUACGCGACCCUGGCGUUGAUCCCGCAAGAAUUGCCGCUUCUUCUUCGCGAAUAUAAAGCGGGCAUGUACCCCGUUCAUCUUUACUACUUGGCGCGGAUGAUAUCGCUGGUACCUGGGUUGCUGGUGGAACCAGUACUGUUCACCGUGAUAAUGUAUUGGCUCGCUGGUCUGCGUCCUGCGAUGGACGCCCUCGGCCUGACCAUUUUGGUAGUUAUAUUCACGAUGAACGUAUCUACUGCCUGCGGGUGUUUCUUCUCAGCCGUCUACCAGAGCGUGCCAUUGGCGAUGGCCUACCUCGUGCCCUUCGAUUACAUCCUCAUGAUAACCAUGGGACCUUUCAUCAAACUCGGCUCCCUGCCUGUAUACGUUCGAUGGCUGAGGUACGUUUCCUGGUUGCUGCACUCCACGGAAGCUCUCACUAUUAUCCAAUGGAGAGGCGUGCAUAAUAUAAGUGAGUUUCAUCGAGCAUCGCUCCUCUAUGAGACGCGUAACGGAUCUGUUUCCUGUGAACAGCCUGCGAAACAACCGAGCUACCCUGUCUCACCGAAGGCGCCGAGGUGUUGGAUCGGUACGACUUUGACGAGAGCAACUUCUGGCCCGACAUCGUCCUCAUGGCGAUCAUUUACGCUGUCUUCCACUUAUUGGCUUAUGUUUUUCUGUGGAGGCGAUGCAGAUCGAAAUAAACGGAUUUUAACCUUGUCAGAGUAAUAUGUAUUCUAUAUCUCCAAUAAGCAAACCUGUUUCCAGAUUAGUAACAGAUUUACUUAGAAUAUGGAAUACCAUCU